UCGUGGCCAAUCAGAGCACAGAGGGCGGGACGAGCGGCGACAGCGAGGACAUCUCCGGCUGUAUCGCAGUGACGGAGGAUUCAAGAAGGAUCCCGAUAACGAGAGAGUCGGCGCGUUACUUCGGAACAAGCAUCAAGACAUCUAAAAAAAAAUGGACUCUAUUUCACUGAUGGGCAGCAGUCCUGCCAGCAAGGCUUCCUUUCUUCCUAACGGAGUGAAGAAUGGACCCAGAGAAGGCUCCAGCAAGCCCACAGUUGCCAUCAUCGGCUCUGGUGAUUUUUCCAAAUGCUUGGCCAUCCGUCUGCUGCACAGUGGCUUCCACGUGGUGGUGGGCAGUCGACAUCCCAAGCGAGCGGCUGAGUUUUUUCCUCACGUGGUAGAUGUGACCCAUCACGAGGAUGCAGUGGGAAAAGCCUCUAUCAUUUUCCUGGCCAUACGCAGAGAGCACUAUACUUCUCUCUGGGACAUCAAGCACCUGCUGGUGGGCAAAAUCUUGGUGGAUGUCAGCAACAACAGGAUGACGAACCAGUAUCCCGAAUCCAAUGCAGAGUACCUCGCUUCCCUUUUCCCAGACUCUGAUGUGGUCAAAGGGUUUAAUGUCAUCUCAGCGUGGGCUAUGCAGUCAGGCCCUAAAGAUGCUAGUCGACAGGUGUAUAUCUGCAGUAACUCAGUGGAAGCGAGACAGCGGGUCAUCGAGUUGGCCCGGCAGCUCAGUUUUAUUCCUGUGGACAUGGGCACGCUCUCCUUGGCAAAGGAAAUAGAGAACAUGCCGUUACGUCUGUUUUCAGACUGGAAAGGUCCCGUCCUAACCGCUGUCGCCCUUUCCAUCUUCUUUUUUGCAUACUCCUUCAUUCGGGACAUCAUUCAUCCUUAUGUGAAGAAUAGGCAAAGCUUGUUUUAUAAGAUCCCACUAGAGAUGGUGAACAGGACACUGCCAGUGGUGGCUAUAACCCUGCUGGCAUUGGUGUAUUUAGCAGGCCAGCUCGCUGCUGCGCACCAGCUCUUCUAUGGCACCAAGUUCAGGCGCUUUCCCCGCUGGCUGCAGGGAUGGUUACAGAGUCGUAAGCAGCUGGGCCUGCUCAGCUUUUUCUUUGCCUGCAUCCAUGUGCUCUACAGCCUCUGCCUGCCCAUGAGAAGGUCUGAGAGAUAUCUGUUGCUCAAUAUGGCCUACCAGCAGGUGCAUGCCAACAUAGAAAACUCCUGGAAUGAGGAAGAAGUGUGGAGAGUGGAGAUGUAUGUGUCUUUUGGUAUUAUGAGUCUGGGCCUCCUUUCCCUCUUGGCCAUCACCUCCAUUCCAUCAGUAAACAGCACCAUCAACUGGCGAGAGUUCAGCUUUAUUCAGUCCACACUUGGCUAUAUUGCCCUGCUUAUCGCCACGUUCCAUGCACUGCUGUUCGGCUGGAAGCGGGCGUUUGAAGAGGAGUCCUACCGUUUUUACAUGCCGCCCACUUUUAUAGUAGCCGUGGCGCUGCCUGUCACAGUGAUUGUGGGUAAAGCUGUGCUAAUGAUGCCUUGCGUGGCCUGGAGGCUGAAGAGAAUCCGAAGAGGCUGUGAUGACAGUCAGCGGCAUGCUGAUCAUGAUAGACCUGCGGCCCAUGUCUCCCCAGAGAGAGUAACCAUCAUGUAGCUGUAGCCGUUUUGCUUUAAUAGCUCAGCAAUAGCUCAGCCUCAUUGCUACUGUGCAGUACCCAGACAUCUCAUGUGCGACCAACAGAAGCAACUGUUUGUAGAGACACAAACACUAAAGGAUCCUAAUGUUGUUGUUUUUUUGUUUGUUUUUUAUUUUUUUAUAUGGCCGUUAGGUAAUUAGGUGAUCAGUCUUAAACUUUGCUGUGGGCAUCUCAUAUCACAUUGUGUUUUGGAGAGUCACAUGAAAUGAAUGUGCAGUCACACUGUGGUUAUUCAAGUCAGUGCGUGUCUCUUAGUCCAUAUUAUUGAGCUUGUGGCUAAAAUGAACAGCUCAGUUUAGGCCUUGUGCUUUAGCUACAGUCUAAUGUUCUAAAUAUAUUAUAGGACAAAAACCAGUGAUGGUCUGUUACCAUUCUAAAGUCUUUUAUUCUUAUUUUUUCACAGCAAUUUGCCAAAGAUUAAAGUUUCUUUUUAUAUCCAUUUAACAUCCACAAAACAAGUACGUUUUCACUUUCUCUUGAUUAUGGCAAGAAAUGCAGCUUGUUAGCAAAAAACUGCAAAGUACAUUAUCCUCUUUUCCUAGAAUUUCCUAUGGUGGUCAGUUAAAGUACUAACAAAGCAAACUCCUAACAACAACACACACACACACACACACACUUACACAAAGCUUACAUGUAUAUCAGCAAGCAUAUCAAUGAUUAUACAUUUUCUUUCUUAAAUAACCACAGUCUAUGUAAAGUAUCCAUUACUUUAGACCAAUAAAGGGUUAUGUAGUUAAGAAGGAGGAUGAUGGUGAUGAUGAUAAUUAUAAUAAUUAUAAUAACUGCUCUUUGCCUUACCUUACUAUAAAGCAGAUAUUUCAGAUAAUGUUUUUUGGCCAAUCAGAUUUGAGAUUUAACAGCACUGUAAUAUACAGUACAUUACUUUUUGUUUUUCAUAAUACAAUGAAACAUGUUUAAGUCAGCUAAGUUUAUUCCUGUUGUGGUAGAUAUCAUUUUGCCUGGGCGUGUAGAUUGCUGUAAUUGUCAGGGUCUCACAGUGGAACCUUGCAACUGUAGUUACAAAGCAAUAGCAUCAAACAAAUCUAAUGAAACUGCAGAAUUUUUAUAGUUUUUUUUUUUGUGUGUGUGUGUGUGUUAUUAAAUGUGCACAUGCUGUUAUUUGUGGAAAUGUUUAAAAUGGAAAAAUAUUAAUGCAUAAUUUUCCUGCACAUGUGAUAAACAUGCAAACUUUAAAAUGUCUCACUUCUAUCACUGAAUUUGUUCUAGCAGCAGCAAUAAGGUGCAUUAAUCAACCGAUUACCAGGAUUCGUCUCAAGGAUACUAGAUUAUAAUGCUUGCUUUACAGCUCCUUUGUAUGUUUUUAAACCAGUGUCAGUUAAUUGUAUUUAUCUAUCAGUGACAAAUCAUAGAAAAUAUAUAAAAACUUUAAUUGGUUAAUUAAAUUUUUUCCUUUCAA